CACAAAAACGCAUGUACAGCCAUGCUGCCUGUGGUGGCAUUUCCCUUUGAGGAUUUCUACAUCGACAGCCACCACAUGACCCACCAGCUGGAGUCUCGGGAGCAGCAGAUUCUUUUUUACACUGGCCUCCUGGCUGCUGCACUGGGCAUCGGUGGCAUCCGAGCUAUCCUCUGCCCCAUGGGAGCUUACAACCUGCAGGGCUACAACCAGCACCAGCUCCUGACCUUCUUCAACUGGUUCUACUGGCUGGUGAAUCUGAAUUCCACUGUUGUGUUUCUGGGCAUUGCUUACAUCCAGCAAUCUGUUGCCAAAAAUCUGGGCUUCCUCAUCCCCUUCACAUCAGUUCUGCUGGCUCUCAUCGCCAUACACAUGAUGCGCAGUAAACUCACCUACAAACCCAAGAAAGGUGGAUCAUUACUGACCACGUUGGGAGUUUUCUUGAACUCUUUCAAGAUGUGCUGCCUCCACUAUCGCUACUUGAGCGGACAGGUGACAUCUUGGCUGGACCGGGCGAAAGAGAACAAUGGUGGCCAGUACAGUGAGACUCACGUGGAGAAUGCCAAAGUCCUGGCCAAGCUCUUCCCUCUUUACGGGCUUCAGCUGCUCUACAGAGUCUGCCUCACACAGAUCCCCUCAGGUUACUACAUACAGACGAUGAGCUCCAACCUUCACCUGAAGGACCACCUUUUGCCUAUCGCUGCCAUGAAUGUGAUCAGCAUCCUGCCUCUGCUGCUCUUAGCGCCACUGAUGGAGUGUGUGAUGACCUGCUACCUGUCCAUGGAAAAAACUCCUCCAGCACCUGUAAAACGUAUUACUCUGGGCCAUGCGUGUGCCACUCUGUCGGUCCUGGUUGCAGGUUUGACUGAGCUGCAGAGGAAGUCUUACCCCCUGGUGGAGCAGACACUUUCUGGAAAGCUUUUGCAAGUUUCUUCCAUGCCAUGUUUCCAGCUGGCUCCUCAGUACAUCCUGCUCGGUCUGGCAGAAGCUCUCGUCACCCCUGCGUGCUCCCUCGUUUCUUUCCAACUCACCCCGAGCCACAUCAGAGGGAUCGCCCUGCACUUCCUCACUCUGUCCUAUGGAGGGGGUUGUUUUCUAGGUGCCUUUAUUAUUCAGCUGAUGUACUUUCUCUCUGGAGGAAGCUUUUACCCAAGCACACUGCAUGAUGGCAAUUUGGAGACAUUCUUCUUCCUCCUGGCCACACUGAUGGCUGUAAAUACCCUGGCAUUUUGGAGUGUAUCAUACAGGUACGUGGACCUGAGUGUUCAGGGCAAAGCGCUGACCAUCAGCCCUCUGACUGAGAAGCUGCUGCAUUACAAGGCCUGUCUGCGCUUCUACGACACUGUAGACCACACGGAUUCCAUUUUAUGA